AUGACCGAGAUCAUGGACGGCUUCUUCUAUGAAGUUGAGGGCAAGUGGGUUGUCGUGGGCGAUGUCGACGUCGACAUUGGCGCCAAUCCGUCUGAGGAAAACCCGGAUGAGGAACUUGACUCUUCGGCCCGGAGGGUCGUGGAUAUCGUGGAUGGGUUCAGGCUCGUGGAGACAGCACCCCAUGACAAGAAGAGCUACAUGGGCUACGUCAAGCCAUGGCUCAAGAAAGUCGCUGACAGCCUUCCUGAAGAUGAACAAGACGAAUUCAAGGCCAAAGCCCAGCCUGCCAUCAAAUUCAUUCUGGGCAAAAUCAAAGACAUGCAAUUCUUCACAGGCGAGUCGAUGGAUUCCGAUGCCACCCUUGUGUAUGCCUACUACAAGGAAGGCGCUUCCAAUCCCACUUUUCUGUUUCCCAGGUAUGCACUAGACGAGAUGAAGUGCUGA